UUUUUAAAUGUAAGAAAAUAUAUCACAUUAUAUACAACAUUAAUAUUUCUUUUUUUUUGUAAAUCUUUAUACUAUAGAAACUGUAUAAGUAGCAUAUUAAAUUCAAGAAAUAAUAGAAUAUUAUCAAAAGUUAAGAAUAAAACAAUCAAUUUCAGAUUCAAAUAUAAAUUAGACCUAAAGAAAAAUUGUUAUUUAGAAAAUAAGAAAUACGUUGGUGAAUCAGAUUGUGGUGAAAGAAGUGCAUCCAAAAAAAAAUAUAGUUCAAAAUUUGCAUACAAAGCAUUAGUUAAGAAAUAUAUGUUUUUUAUAUGUAAGCCAUAUACAGCAAUAGAUACUUUUUUUGAAAAACUAUUAUACAGGGUAUUUUGUACUAUAUAUAAAUAUAAGAAAUGUAGAGAUCCUUCCCAGAAAAAAAGUUUAAAACGUUCUGUAUUUAUAAAUACAACUUUGAUAUUUGCUCUACCAGCAAUACUAUUUUUAACAGCAACUGUACUAUAUAUUUUAUCACAAUUUUUCUCUGACACGUGGAAGGAACUUAUUACAUUACAAGGUACAAAUACUUUGUCAGGUUGGAUACGUGAAAAAUCACAGUUCAUUGCAUUAUUAUUAUCCAUUUUAAGUGUUUCAGUGGUUAUUUAUACUCUGGUAAAAUUCUUAAAAUAUGUAAUUGAGGUGAGAAAAAAUGAAGUUAGAUCUUAG